AUGGUUCACGAGAGAGGAUGGUGCGGAAAAGCUGAAAAAUGGGACAAAGCUCUUAACAGCAAGGCUGCGGCUCCUGGACCUCCAGCUGGCAAGAACAAAGGAAGGCGUUGUAUAAUUCUCGCGAUGUUGACCGAAGACGGGAUUCUUCCGGGUUCAGAAAGAGCGUUUUUAAGUGGACACAAAGACGCUCUGGCGGAUUACCAUAAAGAAAUGACGGCUGGUUUUCGAGACCUACCUUGAAGAUAUGUUCGAAGAGAUACACAAAGCGGCCAAAGGAAGGACGCCAGUUCUUGUUAUGGACAAUGCUUCAUAUCAUAGCAGAGUCUCGGUGAAGGUAACAAAUUGCAAAACUUCAAAUCUGAAUCAAAAAUUUUAGCCACCAACAAGAACUUUGACCAAAGCACAGAUGGAAGCUUUCAUCGAUGACAACUACAUCCCUGUGCCACUCCCUGUCUCCGCCCGACUUACAAAGGCCAUUCUUCGGAGCUUGAUUGAAAAUUUUGUCGAGAAGGAAGGUGUUGAAAACUACGCAAGAGUUGAAGUGGACGCCAUGUGCGCGGAAAACGACAUCGAGAUCCUGCGUCUGCCGCCUUACCACUGUUACUUCAACCCUACUGAAAUGACGUGGUCCCAGUUGAAACAUCACCUUCGCAC